ACCUUCACCGAGCUCACCGAGCACAACACCAAAGAAGACCUUUGGGUUGCCGUUCAAGGAAAGGUCUAUCAAUUGUCGGACUUCGUAACCGACCAUCCCGGCGGCAUCGAUGUGCUUCUGGAAUGCGCCGGCAUAGAUGGCACCGAGACAUAUGACUAUGCCGGACACAGCGACAGCGCCAAGGUCACUCUGGAGCGGUAUUACGUCGGGGACUUG